ACCAAUCCGGUACGGCUCAAGGGGGUGGAAAGAAGGGAAGCUGCCGGUCAUGGCGUGCCCUGCCCCAGCCUAACACUGGGAACCUGUCGGGGGCGCCAGAGUCCGGAAGAGAAACUUCGCGCCCAGCAGGAACCUGGGCGCCACCCAGACAACCAGGAAGCGCAGCCCUCCCCUUAGCUGACUCUGGAGCUCUCUAUAGGCGGUCUUCACUAUCAACUGCACAGCGGACAGAGGCAGAGGAACGCAGAACCUUCUCACACAGCAGGAUGAAAGGGUGAAUUUGGAGCUGACAUGCAAAUAUAUCUUGUCGUAUAUUUCUCUGGCUUUGAUAUCACAAUGCAGGCUUCUCCACUUCGAAUAAGUCAACUAACUCCACCUGAAGAACUUCAUACUGUUGCCUAUGUGUUUACAAAUGGUGGGCCGCAAAUGAGAAGUGAUGAAGUAAAUCCGGUUGCAAAAGGGCAUCGAAGCAAAAAGAAACAUUCCAGAAAAUCCAAGAGACACUCUUCAUCUAAGAGAAGGAAGAGUAUGUCCCUGUGGUUAGACAAACAGGAAGAUGCUGCAGUCACUCACAACAUCCAUGAAGAGAAGAUAAAUAACAGCCAACCAGCAACUGAUAACAUCUUGUCAACUGCUCCACCAUGGCUUGGUUUUCCCGAUGCUACCAUCACUCACAACAUCUGUGAAGAGAGGAUGGAAAAUGGCCAAUCCCAAACUGAUAAAGUCUUCUCAACUGUUUCCCCAUGGCUUGUUCAUAUGGCUGCAGCUGGUAUUCCAUCCAUGAGUACCAGAGAUCUGUAUUCUACCAUCACUCACAAUAUCCGUGGAGAGAGAAUGGAAAAUAGCCAACCCCAACCUGAUAACGUCUUGUCAACUGGUCCCACAGGACUUAUUAAUAUGGCAGCAACUCCUAUUCCAGCCACAAGUGCCAGAGAUCUCUAUGCUACAGUCAUUCACAAUGGCCGUGAACAGAAGAUGGAAAAUGUCCAACCAGCACCUGAUAACGUGUUGUUGACUCUUCAACCACAGCUUAUUAAUAUGGCAGCCACUGGUAUUUCAUCCAUGAGUACCAGGGAUCCGUAUGCUACCAUCACUUACAAUGUCCCUGAGGAGAAGAUGGAAAAGGGCCAACUCCAACCUGAUAACGUCUUGUCAACUGCUUCAACAGGGCUUAUUAAUGUUGCAGGAGCUUAUGCUACUGUCAAUCACCAUGUCCAUGAAGUAAGGAUGGAAAAUGGCCAACCACAACAGGAUAACGUCUUGUCAAAUGUUCUAUCUGGGCUUAAUAAUGUGGCAGGAGCUAGUAUUCCAGCAAUGAGUUCCAGGGAUCUGUGGUGUAUGUAUUCUGCCGUCACUCACAAUAUCCGUGAAGAGAGAAUGGAAAAUGGCCAACCCCAACCUGAUAAGAUCUUGUCAACUGGUCCCACAGGGCUCAUUAAUAUGGCAGCAACUCCUUUUCCAGCCACGAGUGCCAGAGAUCGCUAUGCUACAGUCAUUCACAAUGGCCGUGAACAGAAGAUGGAAAAAGUCCAACCAGCACCUGAUAACGUGUUGUUGACUCUUCAACCACAGCUUAUUAAUAUGGCAGCCACUGGUAUUUCAUCCAUGAGUACCAGGGAUCCGUAUGCUACCAUCACUUACAAUGUCCCUGAGGAGAAGAUGGAAAAGGGCCAACCCCAACCUGAUAACGUCUUGUCAACUGCUUCAACAGGGCUUAUUAAUGUUGCAGGAGCUUAUGCUACUGUUAAUCACCAUGUCCAUGAAGCGAGGAUGGAAAAUGGCCAACCACAACAGGAUAACGUCUUGUCAAAUGUUCUAUCUGGGCUUAAUAAUGUGGCAGGAGCUAGUAUUCCAGCAAUGAGUUCCAGGGAUCUGUGGUAUUCUACCAUCACUCACAAUAUCCGUGAAGAGAGAAUGGAAAAUGGCCAACCCCAACCUGAUAACAUCUUGUCAACUGGUCCCACAGGGCUCAUUAAUAUGGCAGCAACUCCUUUUCCAGCCACGAGUGCCAGAGAUCUCUAUGCUACAGUCAUUCACAAUGGCCGAGAACAGAAGAUGGAAAAUGUCCAACCAGCACCUGAUAACGUGUUGUUGACUCUUCAACCACAGCUUAUUAAUAUGGCAGCCACUGGUAUUUCAUCCAUGAGUACCAGGGAUCCGUAUGCUACCAUCACUUACAAUGUCCCUGAGGAGAAGAUGGAAAAGGGCCAACCCCAACCUGAUAACGUCUUGUCAACUGCUUCAACGUUUCCAGAUGCUACUGUCAAUCACCAUGUCCAUGAAGCGAGGAUGGAAAAUGGCCAACCACAACAGGAUAACGUCUUGUCAAAUGUUCUAUCUGGGCUUAAUAAUGUGGCAGGAGCUAGUAUUCCAGCAAUGAGUUCCAGGGAUCUGUGGUAUUCUGCCGUCACUCACAAUAUCCGUGAAGAGAGAAUGGAAAAUGGCCAACCCCAACCUGAUAAGAUCUUGUCAACUGGUCCCACAGGGCUCAUUAAUAUGGCAGCAACUCCUUUUCCAGCCACGAGUGCCAGAGAUCUCUAUGCUACAGUCAUUCACAAUGGCCGUGAACAGAAGAUGGAAAAAGUCCAACCAGCACCUGAUAACGUGUUGUUGACUCUUCAACCACAGCUUAUUAAUAUGGCAGCCACUGGUAUUUCAUCCAUGAGUACCAGGGAUCCGUAUGCUACCAUCACUUACAAUGUCCCUGAGGAGAAGAUGGAAAAGGGCCAACCCCAACCUGAUAACGUCUUGUCAACUGCUUCAACAGGGCUUAUUAAUGUUGCAGGAGCUUAUGCUACUGUCAAUCACCAUGUCCAUGAAGCGAGGAUGGAAAAUGGCCAACCACAACAGGAUAACGUCUUGUCAAAUGUUCUAUCUGGGCUUAAUAAUGUGGCAGGAGCUAGUAUUCCAGCAAUGAGUUCCAGGGAUCUGUGGUGUAUGUAUUCUACCAUCACUCACAAUAUCCGUGAAGAGAGAAUGGAAAAUGGCCAACCCCAACCUGAUAACAUCUUGUCAACUGGUCCCACAGGGCUCAUUAAUAUGGCAGCAACUCCUUUUCCAGCCACGAGUGCCAGAGAUCUCUAUGCUACAGUCAUUCACAAUGGCCGAGAACAGAAGAUGGAAAAUGUCCAACCAGCACCUGAUAACGUGUUGUUGACUCUUCAACCACAGCUUAUUAAUAUGGCAGCCACUGGUAUUUCAUCCAUGAGUACCAGGGAUCCGUAUGCUACUGUCAAUCACCAUGUCCAUGAAGCGAGGAUGGAAAAUGGCCAACCACAACAGGAUAACGUCUUGUCAAAUGUUCUAUCUGGGCUUAAUAAUGUGGCAGGAGCUAGUAUUCCAGCAAUGAGUUCCAGGGAUCUGUGGUAUUCUGCCGUCACUCACAAUAUCCGUGAAGAGAGAAUGGAAAAUGGCCAACCCCAACCUGAUAAGAUCUUGUCAACUGGUCCCACAGGGCUCAUUAAUAUGGCAGCAACUCCUUUUCCAGCCACGAGUGCCAGAGAUCUCUAUGCUACUGUCAAUCACCAUGUCCAUGAAGCGAGGAUGGAAAAUGGCCAACCACAACAGGAUAACGUCUUGUCAAAUGUUCUAUCUGGGCUUAAUAAUGUGGCAGGAGCUAGUAUUCCAGCAAUGAGUUCCAGGGAUCUGUGGCGUAUGUAUUCUGCCGUCACUCACAAUAUCCGUGAAGAGAGAAUGGAAAAUGGCCAACCCCAACCUGAUAACAUCUUGUCAACUGGUCCCACAGGGCUCAUUAAUAUGGCAGCAACUCCUUUUCCAGCCACGAGUGCCAGAGAUCUCUAUGCUACAGUCAUUCACAAUGGCCGUGAACAGAAGAUGGAAAAUGUCCAACCAGCACCUGAUAACGUGUUGUUGACUCUUCAACCACAGCUUAUUAAUAUGGCAGCCACUGGUAUUUCAUCCAUGAGUACCAGGGAUCCGUAUGUCACCGCCACUGACAGUGUCCAUGAGGCGAAGAUGAAAAAUGACCAACAGGCACCUGAUAACUCCUUGUCAGCAGUUCCACCAGGGUGUAUUAAUCUGUCAGGAGCUGGCAUUUCAUCCAGGAGUACCAGGGGUCUGUAUUCUACUGUCAUUCACGAUAUCCAGGAGGAGGAGAUGGAAAAUGGUCAAAUCCCUCCUGAUGGCCUCCUGUCAAAUUCUGAUUCACCAGAGCUUAUAAAUAUGACAGGACAUCGUAUGCCACCCGAUGCAUUGGGUUCUUUCUCUUACGACUUCACAAGUCUCAGCAAAGAUGAGCUGAUUUACAAACCUGAUAUUAAUGAAUUUGCUGUAGGCACCAAAAACUACAGUGUCUCUGCAGGUGACCCACCAGUCACAGCAAUGUCUUCAGUGGAAACUGUGUCAAAUACACCACAAAUAUCUCCUGCCAUGGCAAAGAAAAUUAAUGAUGAUAUAAAAUAUCAAUUAAUGAAAGAAGUUCGAAGGUUUGGGCAAAAUUAUGAAAGAAUUUUCAUUUUGCUUGGAGAGGUACAAGGAUCUAUGAAGGUCAAGAGACAAUUUGUUGAAUUUACCAUCAAGGAAGCAGCAAGGUUUAAAAAAGUUGUCUUAAUUCAGCAACUCGAGAAGGUGCUUAAAGAGAUAGAUUCCCACUGCCAACUCAGAAAAUUUAAGCACAUGAGAAAAAAGUAAUUGUGUUAGUGCAAAGACCAAGGAGAAACAAGGACAUAUGCUGUAGGAUGGAACAGGUUAUUGCUGAAACUCCCUAUAAUUCUGAAGUAAAGUGAUUUCCCUUCCAAAAGCUACAAAAAAGGGAGCUGUUUAAGUUUAAUAAAUCUCUGUUAGUAAAAGCUGC